AGAAGAAGAAGAAGAAAAUGAAAUUGAAAUUGAAAUUGGAUUAGUUGUGAAGAAGCAGAUUCGCCGAAUUUGAACAAAACGUAAAAGUCUGCAGCUGCAACACUAAAAAAUGUUAGCUGUUCGAAUUUCUAAAAGGAUGGUAGGUAACCUCUACAUCGGAGCAAAUGUUAAACAAAGAGCACAACUUGGAGAAAACUAUUUAGAGGGAACAAAUGUGGUAGCAGUUCAUGGAUUCAAGCAAAUAGGGCUUGUUGCUCAGAUAUUAAAGGAUCAUGGUGCAAAUGUAGAGGAGUUCAUGUGUGAUUUGAAACACUCCUCGGAGAUUUCAAAAGCGGUUAGAGAAUCUGAUAUUCUCCUCGAUGGUGUUCAGAAAGGAGGAGAGAUUGAAGAGGCUGCAGCUUCGAAUUCACGUUUGAUUGUAGCUGAAUGUGAUUGUGAGGAUCCGUUCUCAGCUAUGUCUGCAGUUGCAAGAAUCUCAAUGGCAUUAGCAACUCGUGAAAGUACAGGACAUGGUCAAAGACUUAUUGCAUCAGAUUGUCUAGAAUAUUGGAAAGUUCUGAAUAGAUUUGGAAGAUUACGAGAUUGUUCUUAAAUUAUUAAUUAUUUAUUGUGCUUAUCGUUACCCGUAAUUUCAAAAUAAUCGCACCAGAAACAUAAACAAUAUACAUAAAU